GGAUGCCGAAGGUGAAGGCGCUGCAGUGCGCCCUGGCGCUGGAGAUACGCUCUGUAACUUGCCCAGGAGUGGUGCUGAAAGACAAGGAGGACAUCUAUCUUAGCAUCUGUGUGUUUGGCCAAUACAAAAAGACACAAUGUGUCCCAGCCAAUUUUCCACUGGUCUUCAAUGCCAGAAUGGUGUUUGAAAAGGUGUUCCCUGAAGCAGUAGACCCUGGAGAUGUGGUUGCACAGCUUGAAUAUGAUACAGCAUUGUUUGAGUUGAUUCAGCUAGUUCCGCCAGUGGGUGAAACACUGUCUACAUAUGAUGAGAAUACACGAGAUUUCAUGUUCCCGGGUCCAAAUCAAAUUUCUGGACACCAUGACUCAAACCGCCAGGCUACCAUGAGGAGGAUUUCUGGCCUUCGCGGAAUUGCUCCAAAGCUGGAAUUUUCUACAACCUCAGUGAUUACCGAAUGUGUGAUAAGUUCAAGGAAGUGCCACACUCAGGAUAAAUUUAUUCACCAUACGGCUCCAGUUGAAAAAUCACAUGGCAGACUGCAAACCAGAACAUCAAGGUCACAAAAGAAAACAUCCAAAUCACCUGAGAGAAAUAAAUAUUGCAUAAAUGCAAAAAACUACGAACAGCCUACAAUUUCUUCAAAAUCACACUCUCCAUCUCCUUACACAAAAAGACGCAUGUGUGAGCUAUCUGAAGACACUAGGCAGCGGCUGGCCCAUUUAAAUCUGGGGCCCUAUGAAUUCAAAAAAGAAACAGAUAAACCUCCAUUUGUGAUUAGACAUGUUGAUCCCCCAAGUCCCAGGGCUGAUGCUUUAUUUGGAUCUUCUGGCAGAGACUGUGAAAGAGAUGGAUGGUCCAGGCUGCACAAUGGUCAUUCUCAUCUUGGCUGCUACCGACCCAAGGAUUAUAAGGUCAUCAGAACACCUCAUGGGAGAGACUUCGAUGCCUCUUUGGAAAGAUGUGAUGACUAUUUGAGUUCAAGGUCACGUAGCAAGCCCCAGCAUUCAUCCAGGACCUUACUCGUUCAUUCAGCACGCUCUACAAUGCCGAAGCAUUCUCCAAGCCCUGUGUUAAAUCGUGCUUCUCUCAGGGAAAGAUUCCAUUCUGAUUGGUGUUCACCUUCAAACUGCGAUGAGAUCCAUGACCGGGAUGAGAGAGAACCAGAGAAAGAAGAUGAACUGGAACUGAAAAGAAGUCUUCUAUAUAGAGACUCUGCCUAUGACAGUGACCCAGAGUUUAGCUCAUCUCAGCAGCCACGUGGCACUCUCCAUUUGGAUGAUGGCGAAUACUGGUCCAACAGGGCAGCCUCUUAUAAAGGAAAAUCCCACCGACCCAUCUUUGAGAACAGCAUGGACAAGAUGUACAGGAACUUAUACAAAAAGGCCUGUAGUUCUGUUUCUCAUACACAGGAAAGCUGCUGAGACCAGUGGUGAUAAACUGUAUGAGUGUCCUUGUCAACUUCUCAAUGAAAACGUUUGAUGUGAUCAGUAUCUGUAUUCCUUUUCUUUUAAACAGGUGGUUCUAAUUGAGUACAGUAGUUAGACUUGAAUAAGUUUAUUACUUCAAAUGAUAAAUUAUCAUGGGCAAACCUUCUUUUUCCAAUCACAGUAAAGAAUGCUAUAUUCUAAAAGUCAAAGCUCUGCAACACAAUUACAACCUCCAUUCUGAUUCUGAGAAGGCUGUUCUGUCACAUCUCUCUCAUAUCACCAGCUACAAAUCCAAAAACAGAUUCUCUCUAGAAAUGUUCUUCUGCCUUAAUCACCUUGUAAUUUUCUUUUCACCUACUUGACUGGUUAUCUUGUCUAAGAUUUAAUUAUUAUUAUUAACUCCCUUUUCUUGGUCAUGAGCAAAAAGAUAUACUGUAUGAAGAUGAAUUUCCCAGGAGUUUAAACCCUGUUGUAACUAGUAUUUUCUACCGUUUGCUCCCUCAGAAAAGGCUAUUGAUAUAUCUUAGCUCCUGAGAUACAGCUUUCUUUUUAAAGUUUCUAUAAUCAUUCACUCCCUCUUCUCUAAAAGAACUACCUAAGUUACUUAAAAUGCUUAACAGUUAGCUAGAAAUAGGAAUGGCCAUGGGUGAUCCACAAUGUGAAUAACUGAUUUUUAAAGACAGAAUUUUUUGCAUGAUUUUCUUCUAGAGCCAUAUCUUUGGUGCAUCCAGAAUCAGAAAAUAGCCUUUGUUAAUAAGCCUGUAGAGACUCAGAAAGAAUAAGGGACUUAUAUUGUAAUUUCAUCUCUUUAGAGUUUUCAUAGGUAUCAAAUAGCCCAAGAAAGUAGCAUCCUUAC